AUGGCAUCGGCGGCAUUUCCAGUACUUGCGGCUCUGGAAAUUCCCCAAGCCGCAACUGAACGCCCGUUCCCAGUGCACUUCCGUCACCCAGCGUAUCCAGACAACGCGCCUCCGCUACUGGCUCUCUGUGCUUCAAACGGGCUUCUCGACUACGACUUGGCUCUUGUUUGCUGCUGUAUCCUGGCGGCGACGAACUGGAACAAGGGACACUUGGCGGUUCGACAACAGGAGGGGUUGGAAAAAUUCCCGCGCCCUUCUGAUGGCCUACUGCGCGGCAGGGAAUACUUUUUUUGUUUGGAGGACGUUGCUGUCUCGGUGCUGCAUCGAAUCCUCACAGAGAAGUACCCUUUUGUACACUUGUUCCACAACUGGCGGUUCCCACAUGGUAACCUGCCACUGCAAUGGGCGCGACUGGAUAUAUUUGAAUACCAACCACCGCCACUUUUGACCGCGCCUAUGGCAGUCACGGUGCGUGAUGGAGGCUGCCGCAUUUCGGGCUAUACAGAUGCGGUUGAAUUGGCGCACUUGGUACCGGCAAAGGAGAAAGAUUGGUUUGUUUCGAAUCAAAUGUCAAAGUGGUUUAAGUAUUGUCGGUCCACUACCAGCCAGCAGUGUGUAAUAUCGGACGACCAAAACAUGCUGCUGCUGCACAGCGAUUUGCGCCACCUUUUUGACACGAGGCGCAUUGCUUUGGUCCCGAAAAAAGUCGAUAUCGACACAUCCCAGCCUUCCCAGUUGCUUGUCCAUGUUCUGGAACCAAGCAACUCGGCGCAACUUGUUCCACUGUACCACAACCGCCGUUUGCAACACAUCCAGGGCCUAAGCAAAGAGUUUAUUUUUGCCAGGUUUGCUUGGUCUCUCUUUACUGACGAGCGCAUUCCCUUUGUGUCAUGGCCCGGUAUGUUCAAUAUUUUUGUAUGGAACAGGAUCACAAAUCAGCUCGAAACGCGGGUUUUUACGAGUAGAGACGUCUUUUCCUUCUCCCAAGUAUUCGGUUCAUCAGCAAGAUCUCAAAGCCCGAGCCGAAGUGGCAGUCCGAAGAAGAGGCAGAGAACGGAGGCUCUUGGAUGUGAUCACAGUGACUAUAAUUCCUCAGAUGACGAAGACCUUUUGAGUGAAGAUGGCUGUUUGGGCGAUUUGUCUUUCGAGCAGGACGGUCCGAGAGGUCGGUCAUUGUUUCGGAAGUCCAGUAAGUGA